AUGGAAUCUGUUACAGGAAGUGAGCUUCCUGGUGCGGCUGGAGGGCCACCAUCGGAACCCAUCUCCCAUGAUCCUCAGCAGCCCCAGACGUGUCCCACAGGAAAGCUAAGGAAGACCGCCUUUAGGUUUUUCGCAGGCCGGAAGAGCAUCUGUAUGCUGCCCAGCUUUUUCGUCGGAAGAGCGAAAGGCCAAGCGAGGGGCUCGUCCAAAACGGGUGUAACCAAGAGCCAGACUUACGAUGGCGUGAGCAGGGCGGGCUGGGACGACAGCGUCCGAGGCAGCGGCGACGUGACCUCAGCGGACUUCGAAUUUCACAAUCCGAAUAGCUUGGUCGACCCGCGCAAACUGCAGGAGAGUUUCGAGAGGUCGCAGUCGCUGCCUAGACAGAAGCGAGGUCUUCGAGGAUUCUUCAGCAGCAUCAGGAGGCACCGGAAGAACAAAAAUGUGGAGCCGGAAAAGAACGAGACCUUCGAAAUGUCCUCGGGUGAGAUAGUGCGUGUCGCGUCGCCGAACCUUGAUCGUCUCGGUGAUUACAGUUGUGAUCAGAGUGAAGCGUCUCAGCCGAACGUGCCUCUCGAAGCCUGUAGCGGCGAUCUUCCGACACCGUCUGGUUCUGCUCCUGAAAACAGUACAAAACAUGACAUGCUAGUGCCUGAAGAAGAUGAAGAGGAAGAAAGUGAACAGAUGAAAACGGAGGACGAUACGGAGGAGGAACGUAGAAGGAAAAGUGUUCUGGUUACGUAUCAGCAGCCGUUAUCUGCGGAAUCUGAGAUGCUACGCCUAGUCGAGCUACGCGCCGAUUUACCCGAGGCUGACCUGCCCGCGCUGUCCACCUCGUCUGACAACUUGGUCUUCGGAGACGUCUCGUCUCUUAAGAGUUUCGAUUCGCUGACCGGCUGUGGCGACAUCAUCGCAGACCAGGAUGAUGUCAGCAUCGCCGAGAGUUCCGUGUCGGGAGAGAGAGCGAGUCGUAGCGCCGGCAAACGAAGCUCCUGCCUCGUUACUUAUCAGGGCGGCGGGGAGGAGAUGGCGACUCCGGAUGAAGUGGACAACGAGUACUUGGACAGCCUGUGGGAAUCGGAGGGCAGCGAGGUCUGCUAUCUGCCAUCGGAGCAGCCCCUCAGCCCCUCGACCACCCCGGAUCAGCCCACCAGCUCCUUUCAGGUCACGACCAGCAGUGGCAACACUGGCACUAGUCCUUUGGGCAUGACCGAAGCAGCCCUUACACCUACUGAUCUUCUGACUCCUCAAAGUGACCGACAGGGAUCAGUGCCAAACAGCGAUGAGGGGUACUACGAUUCCACGACGCCCGGAGCCGACGAGGAGACUCGCGACUGCCCACCGAAGGAAAGACUCCCCAGAGACAGUUACAGCGGCGACGCCCUUUAUGAACUUUUUGAAGCAGACGACGAAUUACUCAGUCCUCAAGUCGCCUCGAAGGACAGUCAAGGGUUUUUAGGACACAACCAAAAUAAAGCGGACAUUCUCUACGCCUUGUCCUCGGCUGCUUUGGAAACUGGUGCCAUGGAGACGGAGGAGGAGCGCUUGAGCAGGAUCCAGCAUGCCUUGCUCUGUUGCGAGCUGCAGAAUCUCAGGAACGCAUCCGAAGAUCAGCAUCCGUAUCACGGCGAUCGUUUCUACGGCGACGAAAACUCAGCAGAUAAGCCGCAUCAGCAGCAAGGCGGCCGACCGGCGCAAGGAUCCCACCACGCCUUACAGGAACAUGGUGGAGGUCGGCUCCAGCACAGAACGUUGUACGGUUCGGAUUCUGUGAAUUCUGCCGAUUCUAGUUCAAGCCCACAAGUAUCGGAGACGCCAAGCCCUCUGCAGGAUGCGGUCAUGUACUCCGAGCAAGAACAGUGCAAGGGUUCAGAUCCCUCUUUACCACCCACAAGGGGCGGCAGCCAAUCUCAAGAGGAUCUGAUGGUUUGUUUCUCACAAGCUUUGGUCGAUUUUACCCAAAACUCCAGGCGAUACCGCAACUCCACCGAGAGCCUGGAUUGCUCCGAGUCCAGCUCGCCAUUCGGGCCGAGCCUAAGUGCACUUCCUGCCAUCGUUACCUUCGACGUGGUGGACAUGGAGAACGAGGGCGAGUGUGAGCAGCCGGAGCCUGCCGAGGAAGAGGAGGACUUGGCGUCCCCGUACGAGGACUUUGAGGAUGACUGGUGCUAUUUGCAGCAGGACGCGUUCGCCGAGUGUGAUCAGAGAACGUUCGAUGCCUACGAGCAAAGUCUGUUGUUCAGCAACGCUUGGGGUAUCGCGAGCCUUCCUCGACACCUCAGCCUGAGCCGCCCGGGCCCCCCGGUUCCAGCUCCGCUCUCGCUUAACCGGCGGAGUCGCUCUUUAGAUACCGAUAGUCUAGAACACCAGACUAGCGAGCUGUACGCUUCCGUUCUUGCUCAUGGGAAUAAAGUGAUAUCCUUCCAACACAGAAAAAACAACCCUGAAACCGGGUUCUGUGACAUGGCACUACCGCGACAAGCAGUCCGGGACUCGAGAGACGACUGGAGACCAGGACGCGCUUGUGACUUUGACUCUUCCAAGAAAGAUACCAGCCUGUCCCAGCAGCAGCAGAGGUCCCUUCAGGGUUCCCCUUGGUUGGAAGUGUCAGCUUGUCCCUCCGGCCGCCAACCAACAGUCAGACCGUCAUAUCUACCCCUACAGGCAACUUAUCACAAUAGCAGUGCGGCACGCGGCACCAAAACGAGUGCUGAAGGAAACGUUUCGGCAGGUCGUAGCGAUCUGUACCCCUGCAGCUAUCCUCCGGGAGUGAAAAAUCGGCCGGUCGGUAUCACGCAGGGUAUACCUCAUCUUCGUCCAGACCGAUCCGACGCCGCGAGGGAGAUUACAGCCAAGAAUAGAAGGACCGAUAUCGAGCGGGAGUAUCCGCAGUGACUAAACGUAACGUAAACAAGCUUGAUUAAAAAAUUAAAAUGAAUCAAAAGGUCUUACGGUCAAAAGCCCGUACUGACGGGUUCUUGACCGUCUUUGAAUCUCAUCAAUUUCCUGUUGCUGUCAUCACCAGAUAAGCUAUUAUACUUUGUAGUGGUUGUAGUUUUUGAUUCUAUUUCUCGUGUAUUUGUAAUUUCCGGCUUUGCAGUACAGCUACCAAGUGUUGCGUUCUCUUAUUAUUUGUGGCUUUCAUGUAGCAGAUCCUUGUUGACCGGAAAUCUAAAUGUAUUUUUUGUUUUGAAACACUUUGUUAUAAAAAAAAUAAGCCCCCCGCCGAGAGCCCUUAGCCAGCCUGCUCAGAGAUGGUGCUAGCUGUGUGUAUAGGGAAGUCGCUGGUGUUCGGGAGUCAUUUUUGGACACAGUUUGAGUUAUUUGAACACUUUAUGCUGAUAUGCUGUAUGUUCUCAUGUUUACACUCUUUUAUUGUAAAUGUAACGUUUGUACUUUGAGAUUUUUGCAUCACGUUUGUGAGCCGCUGUGUGCCGAGUGUUACUGAAGACCGUAGGGGUGCAGAACGCUCACGUUUAGCGCAUCCCGAACACAGAAGUUGCCUCUGAAUGGUAAGAAUACGUCCAUGAAUGCAUGAAUUAAUAUGUGGCACCCAGGGAGGACCCCCAAGGGAGUGAAAACGUUCUGCGGUAAAGGGGUCAAGGGGAUUCCUCAAAGUUAAAAAUAUUCAGAAAUAUUUUCUUUUAUGUCUUUGUUAUUUAGCUACGGUUUACAUUUUAGCAUUUAGUGGACACGUAUCCAAAGCAGCUUACAAUUGUGACCGAAUACAAUUCAAGACAUUAAGCAUUAGGGGCCUCACGCAAUCAGGGUGUGGUAAGGCUUGAACCGGUGACCUUCCUAUUGCUAGUUCAGUACCACAGGUAACAUUUUCUCUCGACAGGUAAGUCGACGUUAUCUGGACCUUUCUUCUGGCUAAAGCUUUUUGGGGAACCUUAACUAAUGCUGUAAAGCCGCGGUUCUCGAUGUUUUGGUUACACAGGCAGCAAGCUGAGCGCAGCAGAGAUCAAAAUCUGGUCUUACGAGCUUCAGAGAUCCGUUAUGAUGAAUAGUCGGUAAUUAAGGAUGUAAUAGAGCUUCAGACAUGAGACGAAGAACUUCUUCUUCAAAGGUUCUGGAAGUUACAAGCUGUGCUGAGUCUUUAACUUCUCAUCAUAUAUACCGUAUAAUCAUUAAUACAGUCGACAUCAGUUUAUAAAUGUAAGGACGGUUAUCGAAGUGUCAAUACAGCAAUUCCUUGACGUUGGUCUUUUACGAUUGCUCUCGCACUUCCGUGAACAAAUCAAUGCUGUAUAAUUUUAUUAUCGUUUUAAUUUGUACAUUUAUUUUCUUUUAUUGUAAUCAGUGAUUGAAUGUUUACACUUUUAUUGGCUGGCACAUGUAAGCCAAAACCACAGGCUUUUUAUUCUAUGGAUGUAUUUCCAGACGGUGAAUGUUUAAACAUCUACGAUUAAACUGUGUGUGUGAGAUCACGUCCCUGUAGCCAAACACACAGUUAAAACAUUACAUGCACACUUCUCAACUGGAAAUAAAUUCCCAUCUCAAACCAA